CAACGUAGCAAACAUUUCCGAAAACGCGAGGCUUGUCGCAUAGCAUUUGACGCAUCCCCCACACCACACCCGCCCAAAUUUGACUCUGAUUUUUCUCGUUCUUCCUCAUCUCCGUAACCCUGGAAUUAGAUCUCUCGGGCAAAGCCCUAGAUCCUCAGCCACCGAUUUUAAUGUCAGGGCCUGCGAUUGAGCGUUCGUAGCCAUCGCCCGAGUCAAGCGCACCAUCGUUCCGAGUCAUGGCGGGGAUGACGGACUCAGCGUCGAUCCGGGUUCCGUACAAGAACCUGAAGAGAGAGGUCGAAGUGGAAAUGGUGGGAGUGGACGAGUCCCACUCGCCCCAACACCAUCGGAUCGAUCUCAAUUCUUCUCCAUCUCCUUCUUCAUCUCCCCCUUCCGGAGAGAAACACAUUAACUUGAUGACUCUGAUUCUCAGUUGUACGGUCGCCGCCGGGGUCCAAUUCGGCUGGGCAUUACAGCUCUCGCUUUUAACUCCCUAUAUUCAGACACUUGGAAUAGAGCAUGCCUUUUCUUCUUUCAUUUGGCUCUGUGGCCCGAUUACAGGUCUUGUGGUUCAACCGUGUGUUGGUAUUUGGAGUGAUAAAUGUACUUCUAAAUAUGGAAGAAGACGGCCAUUUAUUCUGAUAGGAUCUCUCAUGAUCUCAGCUGCAGUGAUAUUAAUCGGAUUUUCUGCAGACAUUGGAUUUAUAUUAGGUGAUACGGAGGAGAAUUGCAGCACAUACAAAGGUACCCGAACAAAGGCAGCUAUUGUCUUUGUUAUUGGUUUCUGGAUGCUGGAUCUUGCCAACAAUACAGUGCAGGGGCCAGCUCGUGCUCUUCUAGCUGAUCUAUCAGGCCCUGAUCAACGUAAUUCAGCAAAUGCUAUAUUUUGCUCAUGGAUGGCCGUUGGAAACAUCCUUGGAUUCUCUUCUGGUGCUAGUGGAAAUUGGCACAGUUGGUUUCCAUUCCUGAAGACGAGAGCUUGCUGUGAAGCCUGUGCAAAUCUCAAAGCAGCAUUUCUUGUUGCCGUGGUUUUCCUGGCUCUUUGCACGCUUGUGACUUUAUAUUUUGCAAAGGAGGUCCCACUAACUGUGAACCAGUUCCAUCGUCUAUCAGAUUCUGCACCUUUAUUGGAUGAUACUCACCAAAAUGGUUUUGACCUUUCAAAUUCAAAGCCUGAUAUGCCAAUUGUUGACAAUGCGAAAGGUAACAACAAUGCAGCUGUUUAUGAAAAGGAUGUAAACCUAACACAGGUCAACUCUAAAGUUGAGGAUCAUCAAAAUGAAACCUUUAGUGAUGGCCCGGGAGCUGUGUUAGUCAAUUUGUUGACCAGUUUGAGGCAUCUACAGCCUGCAAUGCAUUCAGUGCUUAUUGUUAUGGCUCUUAGUUGGUUGUCCUGGUUCCCUUUCUUUCUUUUUGAUACGGAUUGGAUGGGUAGGGAAGUUUAUCAUGGAGAUCCAAAAGGAAAAUCUUCUGAAGUACAGAAGUAUGACCAAGGUGUCAGAGAAGGUGCAUUUGGUUUGCUAUUGAAUUCAGUUGUUCUUGGCAUUAGUUCUUUCCUUAUUGAACCAAUGUGUCAUUGGAUGGGUGCAAGACUAGUAUGGGCAAUGAGCAAUUUUAUCGUGUUUGCCUGCAUGGGAGGCACUGCUAUCAUUAGUUUGGUAUCUGUGCGAGAAUAUUCGGAAGGGAUUCAACAUGUAAUUGGAGGGAGUGCAGCAAUCAGGAUAGCUGCCUUGAUUGUAUUUGCUCUUCUUGGCUUUCCUCUUGCUAUUACCUACAGUGUUCCAUUUUCUGUCACAGCAGAGCUGACUGCUGAUUCAGGUGGCGGCCAAGGACUGGCUAUAGGAGUUCUGAAUCUUGCAAUUGUUGUUCCCCAGAUGAUUGUAUCUCUUGGUGCGGGGCCAUGGGAUGCUUUAUUUGGUGGAGGAAACAUUCCUGCCUUUGUUUUGGCUACAAUCUGUGCCUUUGCAGCUGGUGUUAUUGCAAUCCGCAGGCUGCCGGAUCUUUCCAGCAGCUCUUACAGGUCGUCUGGUUUCCAUUUCGGUUAAUGACUGAAGCACCCUCACCAAGGUGGCAACAAACCUGUAUAUUAUUUUCAGCAGUCACAAGAACAUGCGCAGUGGUUAACUUUCAGAGGGAUGGCUCUGCCAUUAUUAGUACGUAUCAUAUUCUUAUCAAAAGUAAUACAAACUCCAUAUUCAAAUUCAUUCAUUUUUCCCCCCCUAUGUGGGUAUCUGUACCCUAUGUAGAGUGUAACACAUCAUUUACUGAAAGGAUAUGCACGCAUAUAAUGAAAAUUUUUGAUUUGGUUCUCACUA